UUGAGCCCUUCCGCUCUCCGUAAAGGAAUUUGAAGACUGCAUUACGUCAGUUGUCCUGCCAGCGGCAAGAAAGGAGCUCAGUCCGGAGUGUGGUCACUUUUUUUUUUACAACUUUCUGUGGAGAAUUAAAGGGAUUUGUGCAUUUUUCCCCCCCGAGGACUUCAGAGUUUGGAGUUCUGUCCGUUGUGGGUGAACGACGAGGAGGAAUGAAACUUGGAAGCGGCGCAUCGCAGCUCUCCUGCUCCAGUAUGAAAAGUUUGUAAAACGAUUUGAAAAAUCGACGACACUCGGAAAGUAGAUGGAGGAAACAGAAGAUACAGAUCAUUGUUUCUGUGCGGGAUGUGGAGGAGAAAUUCAAGACUCGUUUCACUUAAAAGUCCUCCAGGACACCUGGCACAACGCAUGCUUUCAGUGUUCUGUGUGCUGUGACCACUUGACUAACUGGUACUAUGAGAAGGAAGCCAAGCUGUACUGUCGCAAACACUACUGGGAGAAGUUUGGAGAGCUCUGUCAUGGCUGCUCUCUGCUCAUGACUGGACCUGCCAUGGUGGCCGGAGAACACAAGUAUCACCCAGAGUGCUUCGUGUGUCUGAGCUGCAAGGUGGUGCUUGAGGACAGGGAUACCUACGCCUUAGUCGAACGAUCCAAACUCUACUGCGGAAAGUGCUACAAACAGGUUGUUCUUACACCCAUGUUGGAAAAGCGCUCACACGACUCCGUCCUAGACUCCCUGCCCCACACAGUGACGCUCAUCUCCAUGCCCUCUGCAGCCAACGGCAAGAGGGGCUUUUCCGUCACAGUGUUGAGGGACGUCAACGGCUCAGCAAGUGUUCAAGUUAAAGAAGUCAGAGGGAUGCUUAUUAGUCCAGAGGUUCGAAAUGCCAUCCAUGUUGGGGACAGGAUCCUGGAGAUUAAUGGCCUUCCUGUUGGGACAUUGAUGCAGGAGGAGGUGGAUGAUCUUGUUCACCGCACCAGUCAAACGCUGCAGCUACUGAUAGAGUAUGACCCAAUCAGGCAGCGUUUAGACCGGCUCAGGCUGGGAUCACCAAGAACCCGGCUGGGAGUCCCAGCCACCUCCCGCAUGCGUCUGUCCUCCCCUUCUGACGCGGUCCUGGAGAGAACCAAUGAGGUUGAAAACAGCACACUAAAAAGGAGGUCUUUGAGGCGCAGUAACAGCAUAUGUAAGUCCCCCGGGCCAAAUUCCCCUAAAGAGAUGCCUUUUAUUUCACAACACAUUGGCCGCUCUGAAUCCUUGAGAUCCUCCAGUAGCUGCUCUCAUCGUAUCUUCCGACCGUGUGACCUCAUACACGGGGAGAUCUUAGGAAAAGGUUUCUUCGGACAGGCUAUCAAGGUGACUCAUAAAGCCACAGGAGAGGUGAUGGUGAUGAAGGAGCUGAUCCGUUGUGAUGAGGAGACCCAGAAGACUUUCCUAAAAGAGGUCAAAGUAAUGCGAUGCCUCGAACAUCCCCACGUUUUAAAGUUCAUUGGUGUGCUAUACAAGGACAAGAGGCUUAAUCUGAUAACUGAGUUUAUCGAGGGAGGCACGCUGAAGGAUUUCAUCAGAGACACGGAUCAGUUUCCAUGGGAGCAAAGGGUGAGCUUUGCAAAGAGCAUCGCUUCUGGCAUGGCCUACCUUCACUCAAUGAGCAUCAUCCACAGAGACCUUAAUUCUCACAACUGCCUGGUUAAACUGGACAACACUGUGGUCGUGGCGGACUUUGGACUGUCCCGACUCAUAGUUGAGGACAAAGUGAAGCCUCCACCUGAUAAACCAACCACUAAGAAGAGAGUGUUAAGACGCAUUGACCGAAAGAAGCGCUACACUGUUGUGGGAAACCCUUACUGGAUGGCUCCAGAGAUGCUAAAUGGUAAACGCUAUGAUGAGAAAGUGGACAUUUUCUCCUUUGGAAUUGUACUCUGUGAGAUCAUCGGAAAAGUCAGUGCAGACCCUGAGUGCCUCCCCAGGACUUUGGACUUUGGCCUGAAUGUUGGAAAGUUUGUGGAGAAGUUCCUCCCUGAGGACUGUCCAGCAGCUUUCUUUCCACUGGCCGUGGCCUGCUGUGACAUCACACCAGACAACCGCCCACCUUUCCAGAAGCUGGAGGACUGGUUUAAAGCUCUGUCGCUCCACCAGGAGCUGGGGAUCCCCCUGCCAGCCGAACUGGAUGAACUGCAUCAGAGAGUGAGUCAACUCCACUGGCCUAAAGGCGGCUCCCCAUCCCAGAGCACGGAUCAGUCAUCAACCCCAACAGCAGUGUCUCCAGACUCUUCCAGCGUGACAGACAGUGGCACCUAGGGCCUGUGCCUCUUUUCUUUGACCCCUCUGAACUGCUGCAAUAAUGCUGGGGAUGAGAAAAAGAGGGAAAUUGCAUCAAACCCGAGCCAUAUUAAAACUGAAUAACCUGAGGUAGCUGGACCAAUCUCCCUGUGUGGGACCUUUGCUCUGAGAGUGCCAGUGAACGGCAAAGUGGGUGGAAAGACGCAUUUCAAAAAGAUAAAUGUUAGAUACAAAAAAACAUUUUUUCCCCCCCUACUAAGCCCCCGCUCAACACACAGAGUUGUACUAACGUUUACCGCGUAUAUAAACAAUAUGCAACUUUCUUUGGUCCUUUCCCCUGACUAAAGAUAAACCUCUAAAUAAGGUGGAAGUCCUCGAUGACUCAGAAGGGACAGCAGUUUUGGUUUUCAUUCUUUGAAGUUGUUGUUUCGCUAUGUGUGGUAUGCAAAGAACGAUCCUAAACCACCAAAGGACUCCCUUCACUUCACUUCAGCAGCAAAGAAACAAAGAUGCUCCAGAGUCAGCGAGUGUGGCCGAUUGAUUGACAGGUCCAGGUAAACAGCCCAGGACUUCAAAAAAAAUACAGGUGACUUUCAACAGCAGUGGAAGCAAUACACACACACUGACCCCAAAUGGCACAAGUAGGCAAAGGAAUGUUUUUCUUCUAAGCACCACUAAUCUAGUUUUUGACGAGAUGAUUACAGGUAUGGUUCUGUACUUUGUAGUUAUAUGAUUAUAAUUCAUUUGUUACAAUGAUGAAUGAACACUAUUUAGUUUUUUUUUUUCCACACUAACAUUUUGUUCAAAGUUUUUAUCAAACAACCAAUGCCUAUUU